UGUGGACCGUAGCAACUGGCCUCGUUGUAAGCUCUAGCCCAAGCGCGCGGAACACAACGAAUAUAGGGACACAGGGUACGACAGGGCAGUUUUACACGUUCUUCAGGAAGCAGCCCAAAAUGGCAGACCACCAUGCCACCGACCAGAAGGUCGCGGCUGCAAACCCUGAGGAGGCAAUGCCCGAAUCCCAGCCCCCACCUGAGAUGACCAUCAAGGAGUAUGCUUUAACGCGGCUGUCGACUCUCAAGCCUCCAAUGAACAAGGCCCCAAACCCAAUCAAGCUUCUUGCGAUGCUGAAUGGGAAGCAGUGGCUAUUCUUCUUGGUUGCCUUCCUCUCAUGGACCUGGGAUGCCUUUGAUUUCUUCAGUGUCAGUUUGACAGUCGGAGAUUUGGGGAAGACAUUCGACAAAAGCAAUACACAAAUAACAUGGGGCAUCACAUUAGUGCUGAUGUUCCGAUCCGUCGGCUCCAUCGUCUUUGGUAUCGCCGCCGAUCGUUACGGGCGGAAGUGGCCCUUUGUUGUCAACAAUGUCCUCUUCAUUGUGCUCGAACUCGGCACCGGGUUUUGCCAGACCUACAAACAGUUUCUCGCUUGCCGAGCUCUGUUCGGUGUUGCAAUGGGUGGGCUCUAUGGCAAUGUCGCGGCGACUGCACUCGAAGAUUGCCCAGAGGAGGCUCGUGGUGUGGUCUCGGGCAUGCUGCAACAGGGUUAUGCGUUUGGUUAUCUCCUUGCAACGGCUUUUGCUAGAGCUCUCGUCAAUACUACCUCUCACGGGUGGCGCCCACUUUACUGGUUCGGUGCCUGUCCUCCUGUCCUGUUCAUCAUUUUCCGACUGUGCUUGCCGGAAACCGAUGCCUACAUAGAACGUGACCUGGUGCGAACUGAGAGGGGUGACAUAAGUGCAACCUUUAUUGCGGAAGGAAAAGUCGCUCUUAAGAGACACUGGCUUCUGUUGAUCUAUCUGGUGCUUUUGAUGGCCGGGUUUAACUUUAUGUCUCAUGGUUCUCAGGAUCUCUAUCCAACAAUGUUGACCAAUCAAUACAAUUUCAGUGCCAAUGCUGUCACUGUGACACAAGUUGUAGCGAACUUGGGAGCGAUGACCGGAGGAACCGUGGUCGGAUACUGUUCGCAAAUCUUUGGAAGAAGAUUCUCAAUCAUCUUCAUCUGCGUCAUUGGGGGAGCGCUUCUCUACCCUUACACCUUCACCUCCAACAAGGGAAUUAUCGCAGCAGCUUUCUUCGAGCAAUUCUGCGUCCAGGGCGCAUGGGGAGUUAUCCCUAUCCAUCUCAUGGAGCUCUCUCCCGGCUCCUUCCGCACAUUCGUCGUCGGAUCUGCAUACCAACUUGGCAAUCUCGUGUCUUCCGCCUCAUCAACCAUCGAGUCUACCAUUGGCGCUCGCUUCCCUCUCCCUCCAAAAGGCACAACCGAGCGCUACAAGUACAGUCUUGUCAUGUGCAUCUUCAUGGGCUGUGUCUAUGCGUAUGUAGUCCUCCUCGCCUUCGUCGGACCCGAGUAUCUGCAGAGGAGCUUCGAUAUCAGAGAAGACUCAGAUAUGGGUGAAGCGGCGGGACACGAGACGAUUGAAGCCGCCUUGCAGAGAAUCCGUGAAAGGGAAGCAACAGAGGCAGAGGAUAUCGCGACGAGUGAGAAAGGUGUUGCGGCUCAGCGUGAUGAAAUCUCCCACAGUACGUGAGUGUGAAAGUUGGAGGAUGUGGUCGUUGCCUAUAUAUAAUAUUGCAGAAUAUAGAGCAUGUCUCCGAAUGUUGAAUAUUCAAGCUCCAAAUUACAGUGCGAUCCAUAUCACAUGCGGACCUUCGUGAUGAUUCUUAGGUAUUAGGAAGUCAACCUCGCGGUUUUAGGGAUU